AUGCCUUCCUUGAAGAGCUCUAAUCACUGGACUUUAUCUGAGUUUUUUGGGCAGCGGAGGCUGUUAGGGCUCGGAGCUCUGCUGGCAUGGCUUGUCCUCUUCCAUCUCCUAGUGAAUGUUUGGCUCCUCUGCAUCUUCACCAGUCUCUUGGUGGUCCUCGGGGGUUGGCUCGGGUCCCGUGCCAUACUGGAUGCAAACAGCCUUCUCCACUUGGAACAUUUUUUGCCACUUGGCACAAUUAAUCCACCACUGUAUUCACCCGAACAUGAGUGGAGGCUGAACCAUGAGAUCGACAGUGCUGUCCACAAAGCAGUGCGUGACUUUGUGUCCUCAUGGUAUCGUACUCUGAUGCCAGAGGUGGAGGGGGAGUUUGAACGUGCGGUGCGCAGUUCAAUGCUGGAGUCAGUGAUGGAGCUGAAGGAGCGUGCGCGGCGAGUGGACAGAAAAGCGUUGGUUCAACGGCUGCUAGAGCUGUACGGCUGUCACCUGCAGAGCUACAUGACGGCAAGACAGAUACAGUCAACGCAGGGGGAGGGCAUCAGCCUCUGGCAGCUCUAUAGCGAAGUGGAUGCUCCUCAUCCAGCUGUGAGCAGUGCAGCUGCUGAGCUCAGCUACUCAAGAGCUCUGGUGAACCUCGUCUUACAUGUGCUUGUUCCGUACCCUCAGAUGGAAACCAGGACUGGAGGUUACAUGGUUACAGAACUCAUCACCUGCAACGUGCUUUUGCCGCUCAUAAGCAGGGUUUCUGAUCCUGACUGGCUGAACCAGACCACUGUAGACAUAUUCACCAGGUCCAGAGAACCACAGGAAAUCAACGUGGACGAGCUCCCAGCAGCUGCAUUGUACACAUGUCAGACCCAGCAGGAGUCUUGGACCACCUGCAGAUCAUUGUCUUCUUCUGAACAAGCAGGCCUCACCAGCAAUAGCAGCUCUGACCUUGAUGAUCUGCAGAGCCAACAGACCAUCUUUGACAGGGACUCCUCACAGAGCAGCAUGGUUAGCUUGACGUCUGUGGAGAAGUUCGAAAGUUGCCACGCAGGUUUGCUCACACCGUGCAAAGUGAACUGCUGUUCGCUCACAUCUGGCCAUUACUCCCAGUCAUCAGAGUCCAAAAUGAUUUCACUGGACUCCCUAAUUCCAUCAGACUCAGAAGAUGACCUGACAGGAGGCUUUUGUGACUGUGGUCCUCCAACAAACUUCUGCAACGUGAACACUUUAAAGGACGACGAGGCCUUCGGCUGCUUCGGUCCUCUGAAAAAUCUUGGGCCGAAGGUGGUUGUGCCUGAGGACUCCCAGUGGCCAGCAGGUAUAGCGCAAGAGAAAUCCCCAUCUUGUUCUCCUAGAAGACUUCGUCUCACCCCCUACAACUUUGAUGCUCCCAGCAACCAAGCUGCACCUGUUCAUAUCCAGAAUGUACAAAUUUCAGGCACUGUCACUGCAAAGGAGCAGCGUGGCACUGGCACACAUCCCUAUACUCUCUACACUGUAAAGUUUGAGACCGUGGCUGAAGGAGAAAACAGUGCUACUCAGCAACCUGUGGCCUGUCACGCUGUCAACCGAAGAUACAGCGAGUUCCUCAACUUACAGACACGUUUAGAGGAGAAGCCUGAAGUUAAGAAAUUAAUCAAGAAUGUCAAAGGCCCAAAGAAAAUGUUCCCUGACCUUCCAUUUGGCGGUGCAGACAACGAGAGGGUUGAAGCCCGUAAAAACCAACUGGACACAUUCCUUAAACAAUUAAGCAGCAUUCCUGAGACAGCCAGCAGUGAGGACAUGCAGGAGUUUCUGGCUGUCAACACUGAUGUUUGCACAUAUUUUGGAAGAAAGCCUUUCGUCAAGUCAAGAAUUGAUAAGAUGAUGGAAAAUGCUUUAGAUACACUGAAGACAGCUUUCCCUCAUCCUGAGCCACUCAGUCCAACAGAGGACCUUGAGGGAGAUGCGGAUGGAAGAACGAUGGACAGCAGAAAGUACAGGAGGCUUAUGUUCCCAAGCAAAAUUUCACCAUCUCUCAAUAUACCUGACCUACAUCCUAAAGUGACAUACUGCUUCAGUGAAGAAUGCCCUGUUCUCAAUGGCAUGUCGCUGUCUGGCCUGGAGAACUUUGUCAAAGAGCAGGAAAGACUUUUAUGUGGACAGAAUGGGAAAGAGACAGCCAAGCACAGCUGUGAGCAGUCUAACAAAGACAAGAAGACUUCAGUGAAAACUCAUGGGACAGACACAGCUGUGGCAGAUGUUGCUUUGAACAUCUUGUGUCUGCUGAUGAAAGACCAGUGGAGUUGGCUGUGCACUGAGAACAUACAGAAGACCAUCAGGCUGCUCUUUGGCACCUUCAUUGAGAGAUGGUUGGAUGUAGGAGUUGCCUACCUUACCAGUGCCCCCUGCUGGGUGAUUUACCUACAAGUGCUGCAGGAAGCAGUGUGGCCAGGAGGCACGCUACCUGCUCAACCACGUCCAGAGCGUAGUGCUGCAGAAAGAGAGGAAACUAAGGAGCAAUGUCUGGACUGUUUAAUGCAGCUGCUCCCAGAGCUCAUCACUGACAUGCUGGGCAGUGAGAAGUACAAACUGACCCUGGAGACCAUGCUGGAGUCUUUGCAGGACCAUCAGAUAAACAAGCAUCUAAUUUACUGCAUCUGUGACCUGCUGCUGGAGUUUCUGAUCCCUGAGUCGUGUGACAAGGCCUUCCAGAGGUCUCUGCUGCAGAGCCUGGCUAAAGAUGCAGAGAGGGACAAUCCUCACACAUGAGCAGCACACGAUAACACAUUCAGAAGCAGUUGAUGGAUGAGGUGGAGUAUAUGCAUAUGAGGGUUGUGAUGAAUUCACAACCCUGGUAGUAACUAGAUUCUAUGGGGCGAUGAGACAGAACAGCAGCGGUCGUUACCUGAUUGGUCGCUUGUUUUUUGUGUAUCGUGUGUCAGUCACGUGGCUUCACCUGCCUUCAGUGAUUGUUGUACUGUAACUUUUAAGUUGUGGUUUAAAGUUUGAUUGACAUUAAGGAAACUUUGCACAAUGACAGCACUAAAACGACAAGCAGGUCAUUGGUAAACUGCAUACUUGUAAUGUGUUCUCUUGUGUUGAGCAGCCAGGGAGGUAGCGUUUUUCAGGUAUUUUGUUUUGAUAGUACAUUUCCACUUGUUUCUCCUGUGGGUUGAGGUGUCUACAUAAGACCAUAUUUUGUUUAAAUA